AAAACAAAAAAACAAAAAAACCUUUCUUGCCAGCUUGAAACAAUGAUUCAAAUUUUGUUUGCACUUGUGGUGGCCCAAAUGGCAUUGAUUCUGAGUCUUCUGUUCAGAACCCCUCUAAGGACGUUGGUGAUCACAGGGUUAGAUCGAUCGAAGCAAGGACGGGGGCCAUUGGUGGCAAAGAGCGUGGGAGGAACUGUCCUCGUCUUCUUUAGCUCUACCCUAUAUGGUGUGUUCAGUGUUCAGAAACGUUUAACAGAGGCAGGCUUUGUCAAUCCAACUGAUGAGGUUUUAAUGGCACAUCGACUCUUAGAAGCAUCUCUUAUAGGGUUUUCUUUAUUCCUUGUACUGAUUAUAGACAGACUACACUAUUAUAUCAAAGAACUCAAUCUGCUCAGAAAAUUCAUUGAAGAAGUUAAGAAUCUGAAAAAGGAUUAUGAGCAAAGGAAGAAUGCUGAUGCAGAAAUGAAGAAAACAGAGAUUAAGCAACCGAAACUCCAAAGCUGAAAUCGGAAGAAUAGGUUGGUGUGCAUACAUCAUUUACAUGGACUUGCAAAGUUUAUAUUAUUUCAUAGAAGAAAAUAAUGGGAUCUCUUGUAAAUAACA